UAACUGCCAGUUCUCUGAUUGCAAACUUUGUUUUCUCUUUUCUGUCUUCAGAAAUUAGACUAUUUCUAUUUUCCUAAGCAGACUGUGAAAAGGUUCUGAACAUUUGCUGCAUUCAGAAGAGCAAUGAGCUGCCAAUACAAUUUCUUAUUUUUAUUCCUCUGUGGAUUUGCCGUGCUCACUGUCUCAAUAAAGACAUGUGGAAAAGAAAUACUAGAAGGAACAUCCUGCACCAUUAAGCUGAUAACGAAAAACAGUGAGAAACCUGAUGAAAUAGAAUGGUACCAUUUAACCAGUGAUACCAUCGUUCUUCUCUGGAAACGUGGGAAAAUCAAAAAAGUGGUUGAAGGUGUAUCUAAGGAAGAAGAUGGAUCAUUAACAUUUAAAAGUGUUAGUCUGAAGGACACCGGCAAAUAUAAAUACAAAGCUUUUAAUAAUGAUGGUACAGAGAUUGGUACUGGAGAAGAGGAAAUUCAGGUUUAUGUAAAGGCUCCUAAACCUACUGUGACAUUUGACUGUGAUGCUGAUAGCAACGCUACUCUCACCUGUGACACUGGAAACCGUACAGAUCUGACCCUAUUCUGGUAUAUAGACACAAUCGUCCAGAAUGAGACAAACCCUCAAAUGUUCCUGACAUUUACUCAGAUACAGAAGAAUCAAACAUACUCAUGCAGUGUAAGCAAUCCUGUCAGCAAUGAACAAAGUGAGAGUAUUCCAGUACUGUGUCAUACAGGUCAUACAGGUCCUACAGGUCCUACAGGUCCUACAGAACCUACAGGUCCUACAGAACCUACAGGUUAUGACCCAGGUCCUGAUACAGAAGUUUCUGGCUCUAAAUUCAAUUUCAUGGUGAGCAUUUUAGCAGGUGGAGGAGCCUUUCUGCUGCUGCUAUGUGUUCUCAUAAUCUGUGCCUGUCGAAGCUGUAGACAACAAAAGAAGCACCAACAAG